GUGAGACGCCCCCAGGGACUCCUCCUAGCCGCCGCCCUUCCUCCCGGGGUACCUCCCCGCGCCGGCAACCCCGGGAAUGGGGAACAAGUUUGUCAAAGAUGAAAGUGACCUUAUCAGCUCUGGAUACGUCUGAGAGUUGCUUCACGCCUUUAGUCGUCAUAGAACUCGCUCAGGAUGUCAAAGAGGAGACCAAGGAAUGGCUGAAAAACAGAAUUAUCACCAAAAAGAAAGAUGGAGGUGCCCAGCUGUUGUUUAGACCGUUGUUAAAUAAGUAUGAGAAAGAAACAGUGGAAAAUCAGAACUUGUAUCUCGUUGGUGCCUCCAAUAUCAGAUUGUUACUGGGGGCGGAAGCAGUGGGCUUGGUAAAGGAGUGCACUGAUAACACCAUGAGAGCCUUCACGUAUGGGACCCGGCACAACUUCAAAGGCUUCGAUGAUAACAAUGAUGAUUUUCUCACAAUGGCAGAAUGUCAAUUCAUUAUCAAACAUGAACUUGAGAAUCUUAGAGCCAGAGAUGAAAAAAUGAUCCCUGGUUACCCCCAGGCAAAGUUGUAUCCAGGAAAGUCAUUAUUGAGAAGACUGCUCACGUCUGGCAUUGUGAUCCAGGUGUUUCCACUGCAUGAUAAUGAAGCCCUGAAGAAGCUUGAGGACAACUGGUAUACUCGGCUUAGUUUAAAGUAUCAGCCCAUAGACAAUAUUCGUGGCUACUUUGGGGAAACAAUCGCUCUUUAUUUUGGCUUUUUGGAGUAUUUUACUUUUGCCUUAAUCCCCAUGGCGGUCAUCGGGUUACCGUACUACUUGUUUGUGUGGGAAGACUAUGACAAGUACGUGAUCUUCGCCUCCUUCAACCUGAUCUGGUCCACAGUGAUCCUGGAAGUAUGGAAGCGCGGCUGUGCCAACAUGACCUACAGGUGGGGAACCCUGGUCAUGAAGAGACAGUUUGAGGAGCCCCGGCCGGGAUUUCACGGGGUCCUGGGCAUCAAUUCUGUCACGGGCCGGGAGGAACCGCUCUACCCCAGCUACAAGAGACAGCUGCGCAUUUACCUGGUCUCUCUGCCGUUUGUGUGCCUCUGUCUCUAUUUCUCUCUGUAUGUCAUGAUGAUUUACUUCGACAUGGAGGCCUGGGCCUUGGGACUCCACGAGGACAGCGGGUCCGAGUGGACCAGUCUCCUGUUGUAUGUGCCCAGCAUCAUCUAUGCCAUUGUGAUUGAGAUCAUGAACCGCCUCUAUCGAUAUGCUGCUGAGUUUCUAACUUCAUGGGAGAAUCAUAGAUUGGAAUCUGCCUACCAGAAUCAUCUAAUUUUGAAAGUUUUAGUGUUCAACUUUCUAAACUGCUUUGCCUCACUCUUCUACAUUGCCUUUGUCCUGAAGGAUAUGAAGCUCCUGCGUCAGAGCCUGGCCACUCUCCUGAUUAUGUCCCAGAUCCUUAACCAGAUUGUGGAAUCUAUUCUUCCCUACUGGCUCCAAAGGAAGCACCACGUGCGGGUGAAGAAGAAGGUGCAGGCUCUGAAGGCGGACAUCGACGCUACCUUGUAUGAACAAGUUGUCCUGGAAAAAGAAAUGGGCACGUAUCUGGGCACUUUUGAUGACUACUUGGAGCUAUUGCUGCAGUUUGGAUACGUGAGCCUUUUCUCGUGUGUUUACCCGUUAGCAGCCGCCUUCGCCGUGUUAAACAACUUCACCGAAGUUAACUCAGAUGCCUUAAAAAUGUGCAGAGUCUUCAAACGUCCAUUCUCAGAGCCCUCGGCCAGUAUUGGUGUGUGGCAGUUGGCUUUUGAAACAAUGAGUGUUAUAUCUGUGGUCACCAACUGUGCUCUGAUUGGGAUGUCGCCGCAAGUGAACGCGCUGUUUCCAGAGUCAAAGACGGACCUCAUUUUGAUUGUAGUCGCAGUGGAGCAUGCGCUCCUGGCUUUAAAGUUUAUACUUGCCUUCGCCAUCCCUGACAAGCCGCGGCACAUCCAGAUGAAACUGGCCAGGCUGGAAUUUGAGUCUUUGGAGGCGCUGAAGCAGCAGACUGCUGCCGUGUUGUGAGGACACUCAGUGCUGGAGGAGACAUCAAGAGAACAUGACCUCUGAGCGGAGCCCGGGUGACAGAAGCUCCUCGUUCCUGCCCCUGUCCUUGCGUCGGAUGUUCUGCCCACUGUUCCCACAGUGGAAGCUGUUUCAAGGACGCAGCCUUGAGAGAGUAAUGUGGCGUUGAGACCAUCUGGACUGUGUACAGGACUGAACCCUGUUAAGGCCUCUAUAUAAACUUUUAGGCCCUGGUGGGCCAGUACAAGAGCUCCUUGUCUUUGUAGCCUCCCAGACAAGCCUCUUACGUAAGUCCCCCUGCCACCCACCCACCUAGAAUGGUCUGCCUUUGUGUAUGGGGUGUAGUUUCAGAUUUCACCAGGGAACUGCUGAGGUUGCAAACUAACAACACUCAAGCAGCCAAUGGAGAGGCCCACGUGACCAGGAACAGGACCUACUGCCAGCAGCCAUGUGCGUGAACCAUCCUGGAAGUGGAUUUUCCAGUCCAAGGAUUGGUAAACGUUUUCAGUAAAGAAUCAGAGAGUAAAUAUUUGAGGAAUUUGGGCCUUGCAGUCUCUAUCAAAACGACUCAUUUCUGCUGUUGUAGUGCAAAAGCAGCCAUGGAGAGUAUGUAAAUGAGAGAGGUUGUGUUUCAAUAAAACUUUAUUUACAAAAACAAGCAGUGGGCCAUAUUUGGCUUAUGGACCAUAGUUGGUUAUCCCCUCCUUAAGGCCUCCUAGUCAAGCCAUCAGAUGACUAUAGCCCCUGCCCACAUCCUGACUACAGCUUCAUGAGAGGCUCCAAGCCAGAGCCACCCAGCUGCUUCCAAAUUCCUGCCCCAGAGAAAGUGUGAGAUAAUAAAUGUUUGUUUUCAGCCACUAAAUUUGGGGGUAUUUUGUUACACAAUAAUAGAUAACUAGUGCACCCAUAAUCCAGGAAAGGAGGCUGGGUGACAGAUGAACCGAGUUGAACUACGAGUUGGUCAUUGUUGAAGCUAGGUGAUGGGUAGAUACAUGGGAGUUUGUUAUAUUAGCCUCUCUACUUUUAUGUAAUAAGUUGAAAGGAAAAAAGAAACCGUUAAAUGAUUUGUCUAAAACCAGACCAUUGAUAAAUCACAAAGUCCUGUCCGCAUAUCCAGGUCUCUAGCUCUGAAGUCCCACGUUCUCCUGGCUCCCUCUUCCCGCAUAAAUAGCAACCAGUAAAGAUGUAGCCAUCUGCCUGCGUUUCCUCCUCUGCUCUCCACCUUAGUGCCUCCAACGUCACUCAAGAUGGUUCUUUGGACACCAUUGCUGUUGCUGAACCAUCCUGGAGGCCUUUCUCCUUUCUACUGUAGACUGUGCCAUCAGUCAUUGCUGAGAGAUGGAGCCUUGUUCAACGAUCUACAGAGUCCUGCCUCAGUGUGGCCUGGAUCUCAUAAUACUUACUCUUGACGUUCUUACUGAACCCUGGAGUCAACAAAGUCCUAGCAAAGCCAUCAUCUUAACAAAUCCUUACACAGCCUCUGAGGAGAUGCCUGGUGGGUUUCCCUCCAGCGUUUCGUCGAGGAGGAAGUAGACUCAGAAAGUUUGAGCGCCCAGCCAAGUGAAUGUAGCAGGGCGCAGGACCUGGCUCCGGGUCAGUGUUUCUUCCUCCCUGAACUCCCUCUCCCAUGCUUCAGGAGAAUCAGGUAGAAUUUGACAUUAAUAAAAUGGUCACCGUGUGAAAGCACCUAGCACAGUGCUGGCAUGUAGUGAGUUCACCUUCUCUUCAGAACCCCUUCGAGAUUGGAAAUCACCCUGAAAGGGUUUAAACUGACAAUACAAAAAACGUAACGUAUUGAUCGUUGGGUACCUGAAAUGGAUGUUUGAACAAGCUGUCUUGUGAUCCAUUGCGUGGACUGCGUGGUGAGUGAGUUGGAUUCAGAGAACGGGCCUGGAUUGUUCUGCCCCUGUCGUUCCCCAGAACCAUGAAAUGAGACUUGGUGUUGGAUUUGGGGCAUCGCAUGCUUCCUAUGGCUGCCCUUGGUGAAUGCCAUUUGCAAAUGAGAUGAAAUGAUGUGAACGGGUGAAGAAAGG